AUGGAUUAUCAUAAGUUGAAGCGGAAAGAGCUCCAGGAUCUAUGUAAGAAACACAAAAUUCCGGCGAAUUUGACGAAUUUGGAGAUGGCAGAUAGGCUCACUGCUCUUCUUGCGGUUAAAGAGAAACCAUUGCCUCAAGGGCAGCCAUCUUGUUUGAAGAGUUUGGAUGAAAACAUGGGUGCUAAUGAUUCUGAUGUUAGAAACAGGCCCGCCAAGAAAGUUAGAUUCAGUCCUCAGAAUGAGAUGAUUGAGUUUCAAAAGUCGGAGGUCAGAUAUAUUGAGGUACGGGAUCGAGGGACGCGAAAAUCUGUGUUGUGCAAAGAUAAGGAUGGUGGUUUGGCAGAUACUAUUAACAAUGAUGGGGUGGCUGGGGAAGUCGGGGAGCCUAGAAAGUCCAGUAGAGGGAGUUUGUUAGUGGAAAAUGAGGUUAAAACCAAGGGAGGGAAAAGAGCUGUAAAUAUUGAUGUGUUGAGGGACAAUAAUGAUAUUACUGGUGAUGCAACAAAUGGAGAAGUUAGGGAGGUUCGAAGGUCUAGAAGGGGAAAAUUGUUGGAGGAAACUAAAUUAGAGAAUAGAGGGGAGAAGACCAGCAACGUUGAAGAGGAUAACAGUACUUUUGAAAGUGCAGUGAAUGGAGAAAUUAGGGAGCUUAGGAGGUCAAGAAGAGGGAAAUUGUCAGAAGGAACUGAGUUUCAAAGCAAGGAAGGAAAAGGGGCUGCUAAAGUUGUUGCUUUUACAGAUGAUAAUCAAAACACUAACAAUCCCGUUACUGGGGAAGCUAGGGAGGUUAGAAGGUCCAGAAGAGGGAAGAAGUUGGAGGGAGCUGAGCUACAAAGUAGAGUGGAAAGUGCCACAAAAAUUAGAGGUUCAGAGGAUACCGGUACUACUGGGGAUUUGGUGAAUGGGGAAGACAGGGAGGUUAGGAGGUUCAGAAGAGGGAAAAAAUUGUCUGAGGGAAGCAAGGUUGAAAGUAAAGGAGGGAAAGGCGUCACAAAAGCCGAGGCUUUAAAUGACAACAAUUUUGUUGAUGAUGUGUUGGAUGGGGACCAUAGCGAGGUCAGAAUAUCGAGAAGGAAUAAGUUCCAGGAGCACUGUGAUGUUUCGAAGGAUAAACUCUCUGCUGCAGGUGAUGUCCCUUCAGUAAAUGUUCAGCAUGAAGAACUUCCUGUGGUUAAUAAGCAUCUUUCGAGUAAAAGGGAACUUCUUGAUGAGAAAAGUAGGGAAAAUGAGGGUGGGGAGAAAAUUAGCAGGAAUUUGUUGCCAGGAGAAAUGGAAGAUUGUGAGGACGAAGUGGGAAAAAAAGAAGUUGCAACGGAAUCUGCUAGUGUGCAACUGCAAGCAGGAGUGAGAAGGUCCAGCAGGCAUCUGGCAAAGGUGGAUUACGUACAACUUGUGAGUAACAAAUUAACAAAGAAGAGAAAUGUAGUGAGGGGAAGGCCGAGAAGCAAGACGGCUUUGGGGCCAAAGGAAAUUUCUGGAGAUGAUAAUAUAUCUGAGAUUGUUGUUGUUGACAAGCAUGCUUGGGUUGAAGCUAACCCGAGGAGGCUGCAAGAAAAUGCUUCUAAACUGGAAUGUUCAGCUAGUGCCCAAGGUACUGAUGUCGUUGCCCCUGUGAAAAACAAAAAAGAGACCCAGAAACGAAGGAGGGAUGUUGGUCUUGAAGGAAAAGCUGCAAUGACUGAUGAAGUGAAACCAAUUGCUGAAACAGUGAACAUCGUGCAGAAAGAAAAGGGCCUAUCAAAGACAACAAAUGUUGAACUCAAGGAUUCCGUCAUUGUGGAUACAACUGCCACAGAUCCUGAUGCUCAGGCUUCUUCAACAGAUACUGACCCGAAAAACUGUACUAAUGCCAAGCUUAGAUCAAAUGCACCUGAAGUUGAAAAUACCAUUCCUGCUGAGUCAAACUUCUUGAUUGAUGGACUAGCUGCAAAUUCAAAUGCAGUUAAUGAUUGUUGCCCUGGAGCAAUAGAUACCAGUUUAAGGAAUUCUCCUAAAAGCAAGCAAGAGGAAUUUACUACUGCAAUGCAUUCAGCGAAAACUGUGAACCUAAACGAGGAAGUGUCACCCAUUCUACCCAGUUGUAGUGGGCCUCUUUAUUUGUCUCCUGCAGUGACAAACUCUCACAGUACUAAAAUAUGCUCUUUUAAGGAUCCUAAGCCUGAUGAAAACAACGGUCCAAACGUUGCACAAGUGAAUUCACCUGAUGCUUUCAAAAGAAGUGCCUCAAGAACUCUGCUGGAUGGAUGCUCUAACUCCGUCGAAGAUAUUGUUAAUCCAUGCGAUAUGCCAGCGGUGGUAUUGCAGCCAUCAGCCAAAGCUGUUGAAAGGACAACUGAGUUUAGUGGAAGCACAAUUGUGGUGUCUCCUAAAUCCUUAUGCACCUUCCCACUUAAUGGGGCUAUGGAUUUGGAGUUGCAUUUUGAAAGGAGUAGACGAUUACCAACUGAAAAGAGUAGAGAUGUGAAACCUGGCUUUGAUAAAGUUGCUGAGGAAGCUCCCAAGGCUACGGACUUGGAGAGACAUUUAGAGAUGAGUGGAUGUGUUGAGACCGAUCAGAGUGGAUUUGUUGAGACCAAAUGUGAUAAAGCAGACAGGGAAGAACUCAGAUCUAAGGAGGGAACACCUUCAGAGAUGUGUGCACCAACACCAGUUGAACUGAAUAGAGAUGUUGUGCCUGAAUACAAGAAUGUUGCAGUGGAAGCAUUAAUAGAUGUGGAGUUGAAACCAACUCAGCUGAGUAGCUGUCAUGAACCAAAGUUUGAUAUGGCUGGGGAAGCAUUUAGAACUGUUGACUUGGAGACAGACAUAAAGAUGAGUACGAAAUCACCUACUGAGCAGAGUGGAUGCGUUGAGACUGACUGUGAUAAAAUAGUAGGGGAAGCACUCAAAGGAUUGGAGACACCCGAGUUCUGUACAGAAUUACGAUCCAGGCAGUGUGUUGAGUCUGACUGUUCUCUUGGAAGAGAAGCAAUCAAAGUUACGGAUUUGGAAACUCAUUUAGAGAUGUGUACACAGUCACCAGCAGAGCAGAGUAAAGUUGGGCCUGAAUUCAAGAAAGUUACCGGGGAAGCACCCAAAGCAAUGGAGUUGAAGACCCCUAUUGAAAUGAGUCCAUUAGCAACCAAGGAGAGUGGAGGUAGUGAGCCUGAAUUUGAUAUUGCAUGGGAAGAGCUUAAAUAUGUGGACUUGGAGACACAUUCAGAGACAAGAAGACAAAUACCAACUGAACAGAGAAGAGAUGUUGAGGGUAAGGUUGAUAUUGCAGGGGAAGUUCUCAAAGCUAUGGGCAAUUCAGAAUCAUCUACUGGAAAGAGUAUAGUUGUUGGGUCUGAUCUUGAUUUUGAAGGGGAAGCAACUGUACAAAGUAGAAAUGUUAAGCUUGAAUGUCAUGGAGCAGAUGGUGAAACAGUUGAAGCUGAGGAUUUUGUUGUACAUUUAGAGAUGACUACUCAAUCAAUAAAUCAGCAGAGCAAAGGGGUGGAGCCUGAAGUAUGUCAAGAUGGACAUGCCGCAGAUUCUUGUAAACAUGAAGAUGUUGGACUGGAUUGUUCAUUUGAACCUCGAGAGUUGAAUUCUCCUGUAGGAACUAUCAACGCUAUGCUGGAUAACAUUGAUCCUGGUGAUGGUAAUUCCAAGACACCUGGCUUGCUGUAUAACAAGACAAAUGAUGCUGCGCGAACUAAUUCUAGCUUUAAGGAGCAAGAUCUCCCUGGUGAUGGAGAUGGAAUCGCGGUAUGUGAUGUAGAGAGCAACAGUCCUGUACAAGGCACCCAGAUAGUUGUCGGUUGGGAAAGUACUGAAUUUGAGCAAGGUUUCGAAAAGUCCUGCACAGGGAGCAACAGUCCUCAAAAGUCCAGUCCCUUGAAUCAUCUGGGAUAUGGGGUUCCCGGUGAAGUCAAUGCAAGAGAGGAAAAUCUUUGUAGUGAAGUCAAUGAAACUCCUGGCGGUGAUGAUGCUGAAAUAGAAGAAUGCAUUAUACCAAGUGUAAAACAUUGGAAUGCACUGGAAUUAGUUGAUCAGCCAGAACUGAUGACAAAAGUUAGGGGCAAAGAAACAUCUGGUUGUGAAGCAGCAGCGUCUGUAGAAAUUCCUGAAGCAAACAAUGGACAUGAGAAUCCCAUUAACACGGAGAAAGGGGAUUCCAAUGAACUUCAGAGACCUAACGAUCUUAUCGACUUUACUGAAGGCCAUAAAUUAUCUGUAGACGGUGAUGACGAUGGAAAGAAGGCCGUUGCUCAGGAGAUCUGUUCCACUAAUGCUGUUAAGGAGCUAAAUGCACAUGAACCCAACAAUCUGUUUGGUAUCCCCAUCACAAGUUUUGAGAGUGAUUCUGUUCAAGUUCAUGGCUCUGGUGCUCUCUGUAAUUCUGUCUCCCAUGUUGCUACAGCUGAAGAUAGAGGAGAUUUGAUUUCAAAGGGAUCUGAGAGUGAGCUUCUACAGCUCGAUGAGCAGAAGAUCAGUGAUUUAUCAUUACAAGGUACUGUUGAUGUAGGAGGGGAAGAAACAUCAAAAGAUGACGAGCUUGCCGAAUCUGGUAACGAAGUGCUUAUCUCUAGUUUGGAGAUUAAAAUACCUUUAGGAGAUAUCAAAGGAGGCCGUAGUAUCCCAUUUGACGAUAUUAAACUUGCUGGAGAGGAAAAAGGAACUUCCCUUGCUAUGUUAUUUGAGACACCAAUCAAGUUGACUUCAACUAAGGCCGAACUUAGGAACUCGGACAUUGGUGAACAUGCCACUUCAGAAUCUUCAGUCACUAAGCAUCCAUUAGUUUUCCAAGGAAGUGAGGUUGCAGGUUCUGGAUAUUGUAAAGUUCGAUCAAUCAUGUCUGAAACCCCCAAUAGCACUUUCCAGGGCAAUUCAUCGACAGCGGUUGAAGGAUUUGCUCCCUUGAUUCAAUCAGACGCAUCAAAUGUUAAAGUGUCUGUUGCUGCUGGAAAAGACAAUACUGCAUCAGAUAAAGGAGUCAAUCCAGGCAAAGCAACAAAUUUUGUAAAAUUGGAGACCAAAUCAGUUUCAGGAGCAGCUCAUCAUCAUCCAACAAAUGCAGACAAGGCAGACUUUGUAUGCAGUUUAGUUUCAGAUGUGAAGACAGAUUCCAUUCAAAGUGGAAAAUCAGUUGCUGCUGCUGGAAAGACCGAAAACAUUAAUUUAGAGGUUACAAUACCUCCAGGAGAAAGUACAGGAGGUGACAGUUUCCCAUUUGAUGAUUUUAAACUUGCUGGAGAGGAAAAAGGAACUUCCCUUGCUCUGUUGUUUGAAACGCCAAUUAAGUUGACCUCGAGUAAGGCCGAACUGAUGAACUUCGACAUUGGCGAACUUGCUGCUUCAGAAUCUUCAGUCACUAAGCAUUCAUUAGUUUUCCAAGGAAGUAAUGUUGCAGGUUCUGAAUAUUGGAAAAUUCCAUCAAUCAUGUCCGAAACCCACCACAGCACUUUCCAGAGCAAUUCGACAGAGUUUGAUGGAUUUAUUCCUUUAGUUCAAUCAGAAGCAUCAUAUGUUGAAUUGCCAGUUGCUGCUAGAAAAGACAACAGUGCAUCAGAUAAAGAAGCAGAUCAAGGCAAAGCAACAAAUUUCACAGAAUUUGUCACCGAAUCAGUUUCAGGAGCAGCUCAUCAGUGUCCAACAAGUGCAGAUAGAGACCUUGUACACAAUUUGGUUUCAGAUAUGAAGACAGAUUCCAUUCGAAGUGGAAAAUCAGUUGAUGUUGCUGGAAAGACCGAGAACAUUAGUUUAGAGAUUAAAAUACCUCCAGGAGGAAGUAAAGGAGGUGACAGUUUCCCAUUUGAUGAUUUUAAACUCACUGGAGAGGAGAAAGGAACUUCCCUUGCUCUGUUAUUUGGAACACCAAACACGUUGACUUCGACUAAGUCCGAACUGAUGAACUCCGACAUUGGUAAACAUGCCACUUCAAAAUCUUCAGUCACUAAGCAUCCCUUAGUUUUCCAAGGAAGUGAGGUUGCAGGUUUUGAAUAUUGGGAAAUUUCAUCAAUCAUGCGUGAAACCCCCCAAAGCACUUUCCAGGGGAAUUCAUCAACAGAGGUUGAAGCAUUUGUUCCUUUAAUUCAAUCAGACGCAUCAAAUGUUGAAGUCCCUGUUGCUGCUGGAAAAGACAACACUGCAUCAGAUGAAGAAGUCAAUCAAGGCAAAGCAACAAAUUUUGUAAAAUUGGACACCAAAUCAGUUUCAGGAGCAGCUCAUCAGUGUCCAACAAAUGCAGAUGGAGACCCUAUACACAAUUUGGUUUCAGAUGCGAAGACAGAUUCCAUUCAGAGUGGAAAAUCAGUUGCAGUUGCUGGAAAGACAGAGAACAUUAGUUUAGAGAUUGAAAUACCUCCAGGAGAAAGUAAUGGAGGUGACAGUUUCCCAUUUGAUGAUUUUGAACUUGCUGGAGAGGAAAAAGGAACUUCCCUUGCUAUGCUAUUUGAAACACCAAUCAAGUUGAUUUCAACUAAGGCCGAACUGAUGAACUCAGACAUUGCCGAACAUGCCGCUUCAGAAUCUUCAGUCACCAAUCCCUUAGUUUUCCAUGAAAGAGAGGUUGCAAGUUCUGAAUAUGGGGAAAUUCUAUCAAUGAUGUUUGAAAAUCCUGACAGCACUUCGCUGGGCAAUUUAUUGAGAGAGGACAAAGGAUAUGGUCCAUCGGUUCAAUCAAAUGCAUCCGAUGUUGAAGAUCCUGUUGCUGCUGGAAAAGACAAGUAUGCAUCAGAUAAAAAAGUUGAUCUGGGCAAAGCAACAAAUUUGGUAAAAUCUUACACCAAAUCGGUUUCAGGAGCAGCUCACCAGCAUUCCGGAAUUGUACAUAAUGCAGACCUUGAAUGCGAUUUGGUUUCAGAUGCGAAGACAAACUCCUUACUAAUUGGAAAAUCAGUUGAUGUAGCUGAAAUUAGUUUAGAGAUUGAAAUACCUCCAGGAGAAAGCAAAGGAGGUGACAGUUUCCUGUUUGAUGAUAUUAAACUUGCUGGACAGGAAAAAGGAACUUCCCUUUCUAUGUUGUUUGAAACGCCAAUCAAGUUGACUUGUAGCAACGCAGAACCGAUGGCCUCAGACAUUUGGGGAUGUGUGGCUUCAGAAUCUUCAGUCACCAAGCAUCCCUUAGUUUUCCAAGAAAGUGAGGUUGCAGGUUCAGAAUAUGGGGAAAUUCCAUCAAUGAUGUCUCAAAACCCUGACAGCAGUUUGCAGGGAAAUUUAUUGACAGAGGUCAAAGGAUUUGUUCCAUUGGCUCAAUCACUGGCAUCAAAUGUUCAAGAGGCUGUUGUUGCUGUAAAGAGUGCAUCACAUACAGAAGCUGAUGAAGGCAAAGCCACAAAUUUGGUAAAACGUGAUCACAAAUCAGUUUCCGGAGUAGCUCAUCAGCGUCCCACAAAUUCAAGUAGAGAUCUUGAAAGCAAUUCUGUUUCAAACAUGAAGGCGAACUCCAUUCGAACUGGAAACUCAGCUGCUGUUGCUGGAAAGUCUGAGAACAUUAGUACAGCAGCCAAAUCUACUAUAAAAAAGAAGGAUGCCAGAACCAUUCUGAUACAUGCAACACCUAAAAAGCUGCAAUUGGGGGCUGACAUGAAGGAAAAUGCAACUAGCUCCAAGUUAGGAAAGGUUGGUAGUUUGACAACAAUGAGACCAGGAGCAAAGAGACCUCCUUUGAAGCACAUCUCCCCCUGGAAAUAG